GGGGUGGGGGUGGGGGGGUGUUAUAUCAUCACAAAGCUCGCAGGCGGUGUGUGAAUUGAUGGUGUCCACACUCUCUCUUAUCUCCUCCCCUAAGCUAAAGCUAGGCUAAGCCCGAGAGUUAGAGAAAAGAAAGAGGGAGUUAGAGAAAGGGAGGGGGGAGGAGGUCCGGGUCCUGAUCUCGAGAUCUGACCGGGGAUCUCCGGUUGACGGAUCCGGAGAUGGACUUCGACGACCACGACGAGCCGGAGGAGGAGAUCGGGCUGCCGGUGGGCUCCGGCUACGAGGCUCCUCUGGGGAAUUCCGGCAGAGGCGCUGCCGGAGGCGGCAAGGUGAGCGGAGGCGGUGGCAGCGGAGGAGGGAGCGGGGAUGGUGGCGGUCGGGGGGGCGGGGCGUCGGGUAACCGGAAGGUGAGCGGGGUAGGGGGAGGGAGGUACAGAGAGUGCCUCAAGAACCACGCAGUGAAUAGGGGGCAUGCGGUGGAUGGGUGCGGGGAGUUCAUGGCGGCCGGGGAGGAGGGUACUCUGGACGGGCUGCGCUGCGCCGCCUGCAGCUGCCACCGGAACUUCCACCGGAAGGAGACGGAGGGCGGCGUCGCCCCCGGAGCCGGCGUGAUCGGUGCGGAGUACCACCACCAGUUCUCCCCCUACUACCGGACGCCGGCGGGGUACCUGCACCACCACCACCACAUGGCGGCUGCGGCGGCGGCCGCGCAGCAGCAGCAGCACCGGCCGGCGCCGCUGGCGCUUCCGUCGACUUCCGGCGGCGGGGGGUACAGCAGGGAGGAGCAGGAGGACAUCUCGCACCCGAUGAUGGGCGGCGGAGGCGUGGGAGGAGGCAUCGGCGGCAGCGGCGGAGGGGGAGCGCGGGGGUCGGGGAAGAAGAGGUUCCGGACCAAGUUCACUCAGGAGCAGAAGGACAAGAUGCUGGCAUUCGCGGAGAAGGUGGGGUGGCGGAUCCAGAAGCACGACGAGGCGGCGGUGCAGCAGUUCUGCGAGGAGACGUGCGUGAAGCGCCACGUGCUCAAGGUCUGGAUGCACAACAACAAGCACACGCUGGGCAAGAAACCCUAGCUUUGUCGCCAACCUCACCACACUUCUCUUAGAGAAAAGGGGUGUGGUGGGAGUUAGGGUUUCUUACUUGGCUUUGCUUCUUUGCUUCUUUCUAUCUAUACUUCUAGCUAUGCUGCUUAUCUUCUUCUCUCCAGCUGGGGACUGUUUUAAUUAUAUCCUUCUUUUCAAAUGUAGCGGUAGUGUUGUUUCUAGGGUUUUCUUUUAAACUAUCUUUGAUUUUAUGUUGUUGGAGGAUGGGAUGGGGAUUGGGCGAGACAGGAUGGUUGAUGGUUUUAAUGAAUCUGAUCUUGGGGAUGGGAAGGGAGGUGGAUAGGGGUGGGACGGUGUGGAGGGCCAUUGCUCAUUAAUUAACUUGUCAUUGUUAUUUGUAGUACUUUAGGCGAUGGAGUCAACUCAUGGUGAGGAAACUUAAAGGGUAAGCAGCUGGUAAUGAAGACGGAUGUAGGAGAGGGAGGGGGUGAGGAGAGGGGGAAGGUUGCUAUUUGAUAAAGAGAGAGAGUGUGUGGUUUCUUGGGGAGUGGGUGGGUGGUGAUGGGUACUGUUGGAUUCCCCUCCCUUUAUUUCUUUCUUUACUUUCUUUCUUCUCUUGCUUAUCUUCCGAUCCUUUGUAUGUAUCUCAAGAAUUCCACGAGCUGUUUUAUGAGACUCGAAACGUGUCCUCCAUGCAAUGCUCUACCUGCAUUUCCGACUA